AUGGAUCGUUUCAAGGAAGAUUUCUUCCGAAAGGAGCUUGCUCCAAUCAAAAUUUUGAUGUUUUUGAUUUAUGGAGGCCAAGCCACACUUUAUCCUUACUUCACGGUCCACCUGAGGUCCUUGGGUGUAUCUGUGAACCACACUGCAAUAAUCUUCGCAGUACAACCAAUCAUAGCUUUAUUCGUUGCCCCGAUGAUUGGUAUGGUUGCGGAUAAAAUCGGCAACUUCAAGGCCAUAUUCUGUUUCUUCUUGUGCUUCUCUGCCGUUACAUCGAACUUCUUGCUCUUCGUUCCAAACGUUCCCGAGUUGGAACGGUCAAUGAAAUUCCAAUUGCAAUGUGGAUCUGAUGUAGAAAAUCAAUUUUCUUUCUUGAAGAACGAUUCUUGUGUGGUUAAAAAUUCUUUCAAACAUUCUUAUUUAAAUCUCUCAUUACAGCCCGAUUGCCAGACAUCAUGCGUUGGUGAUGACACAGACGAUAUACCCACUUUCAUUUUAAACAAAGAUGGAACGGACUGUUGUAAACAAACCUUUAAUGAUAUUCAUGACAAAUGCCUUCCAAUUUAUAAUUCGACCUUUGAUUUGUAUCUACAAAUGCAUAAUUUAUCGGAAGCAAAUAAAACUCUAGUAGCAAUUCCAAAUGAACUGUACUUUUUUUCUUAUAGUAAUACAACUUAUGAUUCAAUGGAAUGUUCCUGUCAUAAAGAUAGCUGUGAUUCAAUGUGCACAUUUAUAUCCCAAGAUCCUGUUCGCGAGUGCGUAGAGGUCAAAAAUGAAGAGUUUGGUGCUACCUUCUUUACAUACCUUGGCAUAAGAUUAGUCGUAACUUUAGGAAUGGGACUCGUAAACGGACUCUUUGAUGCUGCAUCUAUGACCAUAAUUCAAGAGCACAAAGCAGAUGUGGGAUUCCAAAGAAUAUGGCAAACGGUCGGCAUGUGCAUAUUUGCUCCAAUCAGUGGGUAUUUUGUGGACACACUGCACAACUUCCAGCCCUGUUUCUUCAUGUACGGUGCUUUAUAUGUCACAGCAGCUUUGAUAUCCUUAAAACUGGACCUGAGCAUGAAAAUACCAUCAGACAACCCUCUCAAGAACUUGGCAAAGUUGUUGAAAAACCCAGAAGUACUUUUACUCUUGUUUCAAAUUGCAGCACUCGGCAUAUGCUGGGGUUUUCUAGAAAACUAUCUGUUUUGGUACCUCGAGGAAGAGUUGGAAUCAAACUACGUGGUAUUAGGCCUUACCGUUACGGUUGGAAACGGAAGUGGAAUACUAAUGGCUCUCGUGUCUACUUGGUUCACCAGGAAACUUGGAUACGUGAAUGUGAUAAUUGUGGCCUUCGCUGCAUAUGUAGUCAGAUUCAUUGGCUACGCAACUGCAACUAAUGCCUACGUAUGCCUCAUUUUCGAAAUGAUGGAGAACUUUACUGUGACGCUUCUUACAGUAGGUGUGACGCUAUACUGCACGGAACUAGCGCCACCAGAAAUGAUAACUACAAUAAUGACACUAUGGAAUGGAUUACAUAUUAUAUCAGGAAGAGCUUUUGGUUCGUUGUUGGGUGGAUUUUUAGCUAAUACCUUUGGAUUUCGGCAAACAUUCUAUUUCUUCGCUUACGGGUCUGCUGUGUUAGGAGCAUGUUAUGCGCUGAUUUACAUAUGUUGGCUGCGAAAAUGGAGACAUGAUCGGCGUAAGCCGUCAAUUGAAAAUGAAAAGAAAGAACACGUAACAGACGACGACAUGGAAAAAGAAGCUAUAAGAUCUUUCUCUAUUGCCAGCUCAUCUAUGAACUGUAGCUUUGACAGUCCCGUUGUAGUCUACUUCAUUCCAAGUGACGAAGAAGAAGUCUUACGACGUCGGGCAGCAAGCCUGACCCACAUCCCAACAAACAACAGUUUCAGAAGUUCCAACCCGGUGCCAAGACACGCCGUUAGUUUCUCACAUGGCCAUACUAGAAUGGAUUAUGAUCAAGUACUAACAAACCUCAUUAUGAACACACUAGAAGAUAUAGAUAAAUCAGAUAUUGAAGAAAUCAUAAAGCUGCUGUUAAUAGUGCUGACGAAAGCAGGCGCUUUAUCACCUGCGCAGUGA